AUGGCGAGCAGCGAUGCGACAACGCUGCAAUGGCUCAAGACCCUCACCGAGCCGGGGCAAAUUCUGGCAAUGUCCAUGUCUUACUACAUCGACGCCAACAUAAAAGCUAUUCUGCGCGGACAGAUUCUAGCACCUAUCCUGAACGCCCAGCAGCUUCGCGACGAGUCCUUUGGGAAAUUCUGGGUUGCAUUUAGCUCAAACCGAGAAGAAGCACAAGAGGCGCAAGAAACAGCAGAAACGCCUGCAGCCUCAACCGAAGAAUCACCACUAAUAGCAACUGGUUCUAAAGAAGUCCAAGGCUCCGCAGACUUAAUCCCACCAAUUCUUGCACAGGCAACCGGACUCGUCCUAGACGUCGGCCCAGGAACAGGGACCCAAAUGCCUCUUCUCAAAGCACCGGGCAUAAAGGCGAUUUACGGCGCGGAGCCAUGCGCAGGUCUCCACGCGGAGCUACGCAAGCGAGCUUUCGAUGAGGGGCUAGGUGUUAAGUAUACCAUCCUACCGUGUAGUGUUGUGAAGAAGGAUUUGGAUAGGGAGUUGGAGAAGGUUGGGCUUUUGGAGGAUUCCGCUGCGGGGACGGGGCGAGGGGUUUUCGAUACGAUAAUUACAGUCCGGGUUCUGUGCUCUGUGCCGGAGUUUGAGAAGACCGUUGAGGAGUUGUAUACGCUGCUCAAGCCUGGUGGGAAGAUGUUGGUUGUUGAGCAUGUUGUGAAUCCGUGGACGACGCCGAAGGGGUCGAUUUUGGCGAGGGUGAUGCAGGGUGUUUAUCAUUUCCUGGGGUGGAGAUGGGUUAUGGGGGAUUGUUGUUUGAAUCGGGAUACGGAGGGGGUUGUGAAGAGGGUU